CUCAAUUAAAUCAAAAAUCUAAAAAGCAUAAACCCAAAAAUUAUUAAAUUAAAUUAAAACAAAACAAAAUUAACAGCAAAAGCUUCUCUAGUACUACUACUAAUGACAGAGUAAAACCAACGAUAUCUCCACCAACACUCAUAAUAAUAAUAAUAACAAUAUCACAGCAAAUAACUGAUUCAUUAAUUAAUUCAUUUUAUUCCUUUUUUUGUUUCUUUAAUUUGAUUUCUUUCGAUUUAGUUAGAAAUGGAGGGUUUUGCUCGGAGUUGUGAGCUUGGAGUUACUGUUUUUGUGGUGAAAUCCCCACCGUUGGAUCCUCCGUCAUUUGCUGUAACUCAGGAGUCUUCCUCCUGCUUGUAGUGCUCCUGUUUAACACUGUGAUUUUGCUGUUCAUUUUGCUUGAAGUUUCGCAGAUCUAACGGCUGUUUUUGUAUUUAGUCGACGGGUCUGUGAUGUCGGUGCUUCCAGUCGCUAUUACUACAGGUGCAGAAGUAUCAAGAAAAUUGUGCUAUUUAUUGCUGGUUUUAUGUUGUGUAAUUCACAUCACUUGUGCUGAUGGCAAUGAUCGACUUUCUAAAGCACGGAUAAUACCGCCAAGUAGGGCGCCAGCUAUUCCCAAUUUACCUUUGCCAGCUAACCUGCCAUCGUAUCAUAAACCACGAAGAAAGCAAUUUGCUCCGCUUGGUACACCAGGAGUUGGAAUUGCACCAGCUCAGCCUCCUAAUUAUGGCCCGUUGAUAACUUCUAGUCACCCUCCUACUAGUUCUCGUUUGUCAAAACCGUCGAUGAAGAAGGGUGGACUAGUGCCACCUAGUGUUGGACUGGUAGACAUUGCACCUAUACAGUCUAGUGAGGGUGCGAAUGCUACUGGUUUAGCUCAACCUCCAUUGUCUCCUCACAUUUCUGAUUGUUGCAAACCCGACAUGGUGUUGAAACGAGGGAGUAAUGACUGUCAUUGUGUGUAUCCAAUAAAGCUUGACCUUCUCCUUGUGAAUGUGUCGCAAAAUCCUCCUUGGGACAAAUUUCUGCAAGAAUUAGCUUCCCAGCUUGGUUUGCGAGUUUCUCAAAUUGAGCUGAUCAACUUUUAUGUGCUCAGCUUGUCAAGAUUAAAUAUCUCAAUGGAUGUUACUCCUCACACGGGAAUCAGUUUCUCUUCCAAUGAUGCAUCUCUUAUAAACUCUUCGCUAGCAUCACAUAAGGUUCACUUUGACUCUACUGUUGUGGGUGAUUACAGACUUCUUAACCUUACUUGGUUUGAACCUCCUGCACCUUCUCAAGCUCCAGUCGCUGCUUUAACCCCUGUGGAAGCACCGGCACAUCAAUCUACAACCUCCUCACCAGUCAGCACUUCAGACCAAGGCAAACAUUCGAAUCUGAUUCUUUUUCUCUGUAUUGGUGCUGGAAUUAUAAUCAUCGCUAUUGUAACAAUGUUUGUGAUCUGCUCAUGUGCAUUCCGUGGACGGAAGUCUAAAGGAUCUCCUAAAGAACCUGUGAAACCUAGGACACUGGAUGCAAUUCCAGCGGGAGGAUCUCUCCCACAUCCUAGCAGUACACGUUUUCUAGCCUAUGAAGAACUUAAAGAAGCAACAAACAACUUUGAGCCUGCAAGCAUUCUCGGAGAGGGUGGGUUUGGUAAAGUUUUCAAGGGUGUUCUAAGCGAUGGUACAGCUGUAGCAAUUAAGAGGCUAACUUGUGGAGGGCAGCAAGGAGAUAAAGAAUUUCUAGUUGAGGUUGAGAUGCUUAGUAGGUUGCAUCAUCGUAAUCUUGUCAAACUUGUGGGGUACUUCACUAACCGUGAUUCCUCGCAAAAUUUACUGUGUUAUGAGCUUGUUCCAAAUGGAAGCUUAGAGGCCUGGCUACAUGGUCCUUUGGGAGUAAACUGCCCUUUAGAUUGGGACUCUAGAAUGAAGAUUGCACUUGAUGCUGCAAGAGGACUUACGUACCUGCAUGAGGACUCGCAACCCUGUGUUAUCCACAGAGAUUUCAAGGCAUCAAAUAUAUUGCUUGAAAAUGAUUUUCAUGCUAAAGUUGCCGAUUUUGGACUUGCGAAACAGGCACCAGAAGGCAGAGCAAAUUACCUUUCCACUCGUGUCAUGGGAACUUUUGGGUAUGUCGCUCCUGAAUAUGCCAUGACAGGACAUCUACUAGUAAAAAGUGAUGUUUAUAGCUAUGGAGUUGUUCUUCUUGAGUUGCUGACUGGAAGGAAACCAGUGGAUAUGUCACAACCAUCCGGGCAGGAAAAUCUUGUCACUUGGGCCAGACCAAUUCUAAGAGACAAAGAUCGGCUAGAAGAGCUCGCUGAUCCAAAGCUCGGGGGAAAAUAUCCAAAAGAAGAUUUUAUACGGGUUUGCACCAUAGCAGCAGCUUGUGUUGCCCCUGAGGCAAACCAGCGACCCACCAUGGGUGAAGUAGUACAGUCACUUAAAAUGGUACAACGUGUCACAGAAUAUCAAGAUUCCAUGUCAGCCGCCAAUGCCCGACCAAACAUGAGACAGUCGUCUACUACAUAUGAGUCUGAUGGAACAUCUUCAAUAUUCUCCUCAGGUCCAUACUCUGGUCUGAGUGGCUUUGACAACGACAACAUCUCUCGAACAGCCAUUUUCUCCGAAGAUCUCCAUGAAGGACGAUGAAUGGUUCUCCUCUCUAAAGUAGUCAACACUUAGUAAAAGUGUUGUUUUUGUUGCCCGGAACUUUGAUUCGAGGAAUUCGACAAAUUGAAGAGGUCAAAGCAACUAUAGGGAUUCUUUCAGGAAGUCUCAUUGAUCAGCGGAGACGGUAAGUGCUGAAAUUUUGUACAUAUAGCUAUGUAGUUGGUUCCAUUGGAUUGUUCUUCGGGUUUUAUUUUUUUGGCUUAAUCUUCUUUUCAUUUAUUAUCAUAUUAAGUUAUAAUCAAAUUUCUGUGGAAUGCAAAAUUAAGAUCAAUAGAAAGUAGCAAGUCAUUGAUUAA